UUGCUAGUUGCUGGAAAACCUCCAGCAAGGGCGGACCAAUUACUCUCCCUGAAAGAAAUCAUCAUUCUACGUGUAAUCUACUCACAGACAAAUCAUUAUCACAGAAGCGUGGAAGAAGCCUCUCUUGUUACUUGAACCUUGAACUGGAAUGGACAAAUUGUAAUAUCAAACUUAAGUGUUUAUUUUUGAUUUAUUCCGCCGGUUGACGGAGCUAAAUGCAAAUAAACAAGAAUGGCUACAGAAAUACUAAAUCCGGUAGCUUCAGAACCAAACACAAGAAUAUCUUUAGAAAGCGGAGAAAACAAGAGAAACAAAGUCCGCCCGGCUGAAACGAAAGGGAAAGGCUUGUAUCGGAAAAGAAAGCUUGAAAAAAUUCCCGCGGAAAUAUCGGACACGGAGGAUGAGGAUGGAGCGGCGGACAGAUCCUUGAAACGGCGGAAGAAGGCUCGGCGGGCCCGCCGACGGCCCUACAAGGGCUAUUACGAGAUGACGGACAAAGAGCGGUCUAGUAUGGAGGAUAGAGAGAGGUUGCGUGCUGAUAAAAUCCGUGAAAGGAUGAGAGCUAAAGGGCAUAUGCUGGCUCCAUAUAAUACUACGCAAUUCAUUAUAUCCGACCAACAAGAUGACAAAAUGAAAGAAUUCGAACUUCAACUCGACUCGAAAGAUCUAUUUAUGAACAGUCCAACAAAGGUUCGAAAACGUGGACGGGAUUCUAGUUUCAGCCUGGACUCAGAUGAAGGAUACUUCUACUCGUCGCCGGAGGACGAGGAAGAGUUUAUGUGCAAAGAGUUCAGCAAGGACUAUGAGAACGUGCACAUGGAGAAACUGGAGAAGUUGGACAAGAUUACCCUGAUCCAUGAGUACAUCAACAUGGAGAAAAAGGUGGACAUGCUGGAGAAGACCCUGGAGGAGAUCAACACAAGGGAGGAGAUGAAAGCUCUGACAGGAGAGGUGGAUUAUGAAUUCCAUCGCGGAGAAAUACCCAUGGAGCCAGAAACUGCACUCAAGAUUAAAAUCUUCCAACGAGAAAUUACAAGACUUAACAAGGAGAACUUUAACCUUAAAAAAGAGACUUCAAUGAUGAAAAGAAAAUUUAUGAAAUUUCAUCAUUCUCCGUCCUCCAGCUCGGCCUCAGAGGACGAGAGUGUUCAGGAGUUGCUGGAGGACAAGCCUAGGACGGAGUACGUGGACGUAAAAACCGAGGAUACAGGUUAUGAGAGCACCCAGAGUAAAGAGCAGACCCCGGAGCCGGAUUGGAGCAAAGAGACAAAGGAGAAACCCACGACGUAACGAUGAUCCCAUACCUAUCCCCCUUUAAUGUCUGUGAUCCUGUAAAUUAUGAAAAUAUACCUAAAUAAAUAUAUAUGAUCAAAUAACUAA